CUGAUGAAAAUACGGAAAACUUAUUAAUGCCAUACACAAAAGAGAUAUAUCAAAAAAAUACGAAUAAUGGGGACAAAACACUUAUUAAGAAUAUAAUUAACAUCUUAUAUAAUUAAAAAUAGUUUACCUAAGUUAAAAAAAGCACUACAUAAUAUAUCGUUAGAGACGAUAUUUCUUAGAAGUCUUUUUGUCUACUUAAUUAAUUUAAUGGUUUUUUUUUUGUUUUGUUUAAGAGAGAAUUAAAUAUUUUGUUGUUUAGUAUAUCAAAAGUUUACCAAAGCAACUUAAUUAUGUCUAUUGAAUCACUAAAUUUGUUUCCUGGAUAACCAAGUUGUCCCAACUGAUGUUGUGUGAUUUUUAUUUUAUUGAUAAACACUUCGUAUAUUUCUACUUUUUAAGUUAUUUAUUUAAAUUUAAUAGUAGAGAAGCUAGCUCGAUUAUUUUCCUCAUUUUAAAAUUAUUGGAAAGAAAUAAGACAAGUAGUUGUUUUUUUUCUUUCAUCGGUGACUCCAGACACAAUGUAGAACUUUUUCUAGAUCAUACCUUCAGUAAUUUAAAGAAUUUGUAUUCUUAUUGAAAAAUGGAUAAAUAAAUGUUUAUUUUCUCUAGCAAACUUAGUCCGUCAUUACAAUAAAUGUUGAUUCACCUAAGUACCUUAGAUUUUUAUUUAGUUUUUGUAAACAAAUUACUUUGCUAUUCUGUAAUGAAAUUAACGAUGAACGCAGCGUCGAGUAUAAUGCUGUCGCAGCCUAAAAGAUCAAUCAAAUAAAACCUUUAUUACCUUUUGAGCUAUUGUAAAAAAAUAUGCUUUCGUUAUUAGUGAUCGCCGAUAUAAUUUCACUUUUAAAUUAUCGUUGGAGAAAAUAACAGUAAUUAUUAUCUUUUAUUUUGAAAUCGCUAAAAAAUAAGUGAUCCUUUAAAAAUAUUAUAAAUGUAUUAUGGACAUGCUCUACGAUAGUAGUGACGAACUCCUACACAAUUUUCAAGGUGUCGUCUCUGUGGACUCAGCUGAGGAGGAGGAAUGGAAUGAAAAUACACCUCGUGACGCAACCGACAUGGUGGACACCGACGACCCUAACGAAGAACAAGAUGAAAACUCCCAAGAGAAGGAAAAAGAGAACAACGUCGAUGAAUCCAACCCAGGGGAAACAAAUGAAGACGGUGAGGAUACACCAACGAAUGGGGAUAAGCCUGCCGAAGAUGACGAUGCUAAUGAUACUGCUGAAUUAUCUGGUUUUUACUGGAAUCCGACCCUGGCAGAUCCCAGGUGGCGCGGCCGCAGCGUUUGGAAUUAUCACAUAGUGGUGAGGCGGUGGGGGGUCGAUACAUUCGUCACAGGCCCAGCAGCCAUUACUGCCAUUAGGCAUUUAGAUAUUAUCGCUGGUGACCCGCGACCUGAGACCAUCGCUUCAAUACGUAAUUACUAA